AUGUCGAGCCGAGCAGCCUCAGCCAUGCAGCGUAGAGACGCUCGUCCUGAUAAUAUUUCACCUCAGGAUGUCACACAAGCCCCACGUCAAACUCCCCACGGCCAUCACUCCUCCUCCACAUCCUCAUCCGCCGUCGCACUUUCCCGCUCUUCCCACUCUUUACCUUUCUAUUUGUCUAUGGGAAGCGGCCAGAGCAAGCCUUCCACCCCAGCACCCGUCCCGUCGUCUUCAUCAGCAGCUCCCCCACCGUCAUCAUCAUCAGCAGCAUCAUCAAAAGGUGGAAAUAGACUCAAACGCGUUUUCGCUGCUCGUAGAAAAAAGUCUGAAGAUGCCUCGACGCUGUUUACGAAGAAUGGAAGCCAGCCUGCGUCACCCAUCGAGGCUACGUCUUCCUCGUCCUCGUCAACCUCACCUCCCAUAUUCAGCUCCUUAGGUAAAAAGGCAGCCAAGUCGCCCGUCCAGUCUAAUCCGUCGCCGCCACCACCACCGCCUCCGCCAAAGAAUGAAAAGUACCCAGCCCCUGUCCAGACCAGCACAUCAAACCUCGUUGUGGACAGCGUAUUUUCAUCAAAUCAUCGGUCGUCUGUAAUACCGAUCAGUCCGGGUAUAUCGUCAGCCGUCAACUUUAUGCGCAUGGGGGAGGAGGAGAGGGACGCACAGCAGAGGAAAGAACGGGAGGAGGAGGAACAUGUUCAGCAACGACGGCGGCCGGAGAAGGAGACACCUUUACCGGCUGUGGGAGAUAAGGGCGAGAUGAAGGAAGCGUGGAGGAAGAGCGACUCGACGAUUGGCCAUCAUACUAUCAGGCCUGGGGCGAUGUCUGCCAGUCGGGCUUCACGGCCUGUGUCCAUGGCCGAGUCUGUGCAGUCGACACAUACGAUUGUUCCUGGUAGUAAGCGACUCAGUGCGCUUAUCACUGACGCCGACUUUGGCAUGCCAGAAGAGGAUGGUGACGACCUUGUUUUCGAAGGUGGCGCGUUUGCUCCUCCUGAAACACACUUGUUCGACACCUCAGCCGCUGCUCUACGAGCUAGAGACCGACGCUCGAUGUCACUUAAUCUUGGGGUUCAUAAUCCCAGACCUCAGAUCGCCACCUCAGCUCCCUCCGCUGCAGAGCUCAAACACCCUUCGCACUCGAUAUCUGAGGGCGUAAUUCCCCCGGUAUCUUCUCCUCCAACCCUGGACUACAACAGCUACAAUCCCUCGCUCAAGCUUGCUGCCCCAGUUCCUGCGUCUGGCGGUUUCAGGGGGAGCAACAUCCGGGGGCAGUUCUCAGCAUGGACUACAAGCAACACGCCUAUUUCUGCUCCUAUACCCAUAACGACACGUCAGGAAAGUCAUUUGCAAGGACUACCGCAGUCAGCCAUCUCGCCCCCCUCAAGCGGUGGUAAUUCGUUCAGACAAACGGCGAUUAGUAUGACGAGCGGCUUUGCGCCUGCUGCUGGACUGGCCAAGAAGGCCAUGGAGAAAAUGGGCAGGAAAUGGGGGAUGGGGAUGAAUUCGAGCUCUUCUGGCUCGGGGCACUCUUCAUCUGCGUCACUCUCGAGCUCCAAUGCGCCGUCCUCGUAUUCCAGCACGUCGCAUACAGACUAUGGGCUGGCCAGGACGAGUUCAAACCAGAGUACGCCGAGCGUGAAUGUCAAUAUGCAUUUGUUGCAGAAAGGGAAGAGGACGCCGAAUGCGCCUUCUGGGAGUUAUAGUGUGUCGUCGAGUUCGGACUCGGAUGCGUUUUUCUCGCAUUCUGAGCCGGUGAUGGGGAAGUUGGUGAGGGGACCGAUGAGGAGUUCUGGUGGGGUUGUGUUUGGACGGAAUUUGGAGGUUGUGGUUAGGGAGACUGCGAUUGAUGUGGGUGGUAGUGGUGAUGAGUCGAGCGAGGAUUGGGAGGCAAAGUAUAGGGAGCUGGAGACGAGGAUGUUGCCUGCCCUGGUGGCACGGUGUGCUCAGCAUUUAUUGAUUUGGGGCGUGCAGGAGGAGGGACUAUUUCGUGUCAAUGGUCGUCCGGCUCAUGUGUCGAAGCUGCGUGCAGAGUUUGAUACGGGUGUCGACUAUGAUAUGACAGACUGUGAUCCUGGGGAUAUUGACCCCCAUGCUGUGGCUUCUGUGUUUAGAGCCUUCCUACGCGAACUUCCAGAACCUAUUCUGACGAACCAUUUGCUUCCUCACUUUGAUGCGGCCAUCAUUGAGGAGAGCAACAGCAACCUUGUUGACCCGCUGCCAACCAAGAAGUUACCGGCCAUUCGAAAGCCCCCUUCUUUAUCCACGUUAGCCCUACCCUCCUUCCAAGACAUGCGACCCCCUUCCAAGACCCUCCUUAAUGCUAUCAAAUCACUUAUCCAUCAACUCCCGCCGGAGAACCGAGAUCUCAUACGAACUGUUGUCGAUUUGAUUAAAGCCACUGCGGGAAGGAGCAAAGAGACCAAGAUGCCAUUGAGCAACUUGCUCCUCCUCUUUUGCCCGAGUUUGAGCAUGAGCCCGCCGCUUUUGAAGGUGCUUUGUGACGGGGAGGGUAUAUGGGGGUCGUCUCCGGUUAUUGAUUUCAGAAGAGAGAGUUUAGUUUUGGAUAUCAGAGCUUCUGGAAGCACGAUGAGUGACGACGACACGGAUGAGGAUAGUUAUUCUGAUGCGAUGGAGGAGAGAAGCUGGCAGAGUAUGGACAGGGACUCGACCUCGGAUAACCCGAGUUCUGACUACCAUGCUUCGGCGGAGGAGGAAGCGUCGCUUUUGGAGGAAGGAGAACAUGCUCAGCAGCAUAGGAGGUUCAAGGAGGUUGAGAGACCGGAGGUUCCGACGCUUUAUUUGGACGCGCAUAGUCGUUGUUCAUCAUCCUCGCCUUCUUCGGCGAUUGAUAAUGGCUCGAUGUCCUCUGGAAAGGAUUCUAUGAAUAUCGCAAACUCUCCCUCCCCACCCCCACUUUCGUCUUCUGCUGAAUCGGUAGCGACGCCUACUUCUUCUGGGCAUCCGUCGUUUUCGCAUUUGCCAUUGGAGGAGGUUAAAGGUAAAGUGGAGCCUCAACAUCGACAGAGGAGUGCCAGUCCUCAGAUUGCUGGACCGUCUCCUUUGGCUAUCUCGAAAAGACCCCUCAUCAGCAGCCCUAUACCAGCCUCUGCUUCUACCCCCGUUUCUUUCCCGUAUCAAUCUUCUGAACGAGACUCUCGAAGACGUUCGAUUCCCAUACUCUCCCUCCCUAGCUUCACCCCAUACGUAACGGAACCGCCGUCCCCAGCAGGGUCGAAUUCUCCCCGUCUCAAAGGGAGAAAACCCUCCCUCCGAAAACUAUUCAGCAAACGAUCAGCAGGAUCUCUGGGUCCUGGGAAUUCGUUCAUCUCUUCCCCGAUUUUGCGGGAGGGGUCGCCAUAUCUCCAACCGAGAGCUGCUAGUGAUUCGUCGAUAUCUACGCCGAGGUCGGCGGUUACCGCAUCUCAGGGGAGUUCAACAAGUUCGACGUACCUGUUGCCGGUGUUGGACACACCGAUCGAGGCUGGACCAUCGUUGAGGUUUGGGUUGGGCAUUGAAGAAUCCCCGCCUUGUACGGCUGACGGAACGAAGAAGAUGACAUCGCCUUCGAGCUCGGAUGGGAGUUCUAGUCCUAAGAUUUCCGAAGAUCAGGGUGCGAAAGGACCCGAUCAUCGGCCUUCAUUCCCAAUGUCGAGCUCACAGAGUUCGUUGAUACUUCCGGGACAAGACCAUAUUAGGCCCAAUCCAACGCGAGCGAGGUUGGUAUCUACUGCCAGCUCGAACCAUUUAGGGUUUCCUGAGGAUGAAGAUGAAGGCGUUGAAGAUUGGACGCAGAGCGUGCUGUUGGCUGCUGCUGGUGAUGGAUCAUGGAAGAUCUCUGCCCCUGGGCAGGCUUGA